UUCAGAGAACCGACAAAAUAACACCGAACUAAAAAAAACCGUUGCUCUUCCAUUCUUCCAUUGAGUACCUAUGCACUCACUGCACUCACUUUUCGUCUUCGUUCGUUGUCGUCGUCGUUGUCUUGUGUGAAAACCGUGAAAAUUGAAAAACUCGAAGAAAUCAUCGGCAGCACUUGCAAAGUAAAAUAAAUGAAAAACUUUCAAAAGGUCUUAUUUUAAACAAAACGUGCUAAUUAAUCACUUUAAAAACUACCCCAAAAACUCUACACUUAAUUUUUGAAUUCAAAACGAGUGUGUCUAUCGUCUUUCUUAACAUUUCAUCGAGUUUAGUUUUUGAAAUAAAAUUCAAUUCUCAUGCAGUUCUUUGUUCGGAGGAAAAAAUAAUAAAAGAAAAACUGAAAACCCACGUACAUACCUAAUUAAAUAACAAACUCACUUGAAAGGGGCACAAUUGUGAUUCUGAUUAGUUUCAAAAUUAGUUUAUGAAAAGAAACAAAAUAAUAUUCGCGAAAAGCUAUGUGAAAAAAUCGUUUAAAUCCUCUACACCCAAAAAAAAAUAAGGAAAAGGAAGGAAGUUAGAAAAAAAUACCAUAUUACGCAUUAACAAGAACUUAACGACCGAAAAAAAAAGAAAAACAAAUAAAUUAAAAGGAAUAAAAUAAAUAAUAGUAAACAAUUAUUGAUAACUCCCUUCCUGUCUCCUGGAGAGGAAAAAAGUUCAUCAUUUGAAAAUUAAGGGAGACAAAAAGACUGCAGUUCUCUAAAAAUCGAAUCUAUACAACGGUAAUGGAAACAUGGAUAACGAACAACCGCAUCAAGAACUGGUAAAGUGUGUGCUUGUGGGAGACACAGCUGUUGGAAAAACGCGUUUAAUUUGUGCCAGAGCUUGCAAUAAACAUGUAUCCUUGUCGCAACUCUUAUCGACGCAUGUGCCAACUGUUUGGGCAAUUGAUCAGUACAGGAUAUACAAAGACGUCCUUGAAAGGUCGUGGGAAGUGGUCGAUGGAGUAAAUGUAUCACUUAGACUUUGGGACACAUUUGGUGAUCAUGACAAAGAUCGUAGAUUUGCUUAUGGAAGAUCAGAUGUAGUUUUACUAUGUUUUUCGAUAGCUAGUCCGACAUCUUUAAGGAAUUGCAAAGCAAUGUGGUAUCCAGAAAUACGUCGUUUCUGUCCCGAUACGCCGGUUAUUUUAGUAGGCUGUAAGAACGAUCUCCGAUAUAUGUAUCGGGAUGAGAAGUAUUUAUCGUAUUUUGGUGAGCGUAGUCCAUUCGUGAGAGCUGCCUUAAAAAGCGAUUUGGUAAUGCCAGAUGAAGCCAGAGCUGUAGCCAAAGAACUCGGAGUUGCAUAUUAUGAAACCAGUGUGUUCACAUACUUUGGAGUGAAUGAACUUUUUGAAAAUGCCAUUCGUUCAGCAUUGAUUGCAAGGCGACAGCAACGAUUCUGGAUGACAAACCUGAAAAAGGUGCAAAAACCAUUGUUACAGGCACCAUUUCGCCCACCAAAGCCUCCACCACCAGAGGUGACUGUUGUUGUUGGUAAUUAUCGAAAAGACAUGUACAGCAUGUUAGUAUCCCAAUGCUACACAGAUCUUAUACUCAUUGUUGGUUCAACAAAGUUUGCAGUGCAUAAAUUUAUGUUGGCCGCAGCCUCAAAUGUCUUCUUCCGUUUGCUCACUACAGAGCUUUCGGAUAUGGGAGGUAGGAGUAGUAGUGAAUCGAGUAUGAUAAGUUCCACGUUUGGUGAAGCAACAACGGCUGAUUUUAACGAUGAUACGGAGUGUCUAAUACGCAAUGAGUCAAGAACAUUGAGAAUGUGGGAACAUUUGAAACGUCGAUCCAGCUAUCAAGCUCUACCACUAAUCGAAUCAAAGAAAUCAACAGAUCUCUACAAGGAUUUACAUCACCCGAUUUUUCAAAAUAUACGUAUUGUCCAAAUGGAAAACAAUCGUGGAGUGAAUGUUACACAGACAAUUGUCACAAUGACAAAAAUCAUCACACCGCAGGCAAUGAAUCAGUGUCUUAAAUUUAUAUACACUGGAACAAUAGAAAAGGAAUUUCACAAUCUUCAGACUGCUCCAAUCGGAUUACUUUUGGAAAUAAAACAAGCAGCUGACUUCUUAGAACUGCCUCAACUAACACUGCUCCUUUCUAAGCCGCAAAAUGUUUUAGCUAGUCUCUCAGAAGAACCAAUUCAACAUUAUUGCUUAAGUAUUAAGGAGAAUAUGGAAAAACAUUGCAUAGGCGAUGGUUAUUUUAGUGAUGUAACCUUUGAACUUGAUGACGGUCACAUGAAAGCGCAUCGUUCUAUUCUAGUGGCCAGAUGUGAUGUUAUGCGUGCAAUGUUAACUGGCGACUUUCGUGAAGCACAUUCAAGUGUUAUUGUAUUUCCUGGUGUUACGGUCUAUACAUUCCACAAGCUUCUAUGUUAUCUGUAUACAGAUGAAAUUCCUGCAGUUUCUGCGGAUAAAUGCCUGAAUCUUUUAGAACUAGCAAACAGGCUGUGCCUACCGAGGCUAUUAAAUCUGGUCGAAUGUCGAGCAAUUGAAGAUUUAACUUUAAUAUCACAAAACGAGACUAAUGAAACUGUUGAUCAUUGUUUAAAGCUGCUGGAAGCAGUAAAACUCCACAACGCACACCAAUUGGCCGAAUGGUGUAUGUCUUAUCUGUGUGUCAAUUACAAUAUUAUUUGUAAGUUCUCAUUAAAGGGCCUAAAGGCCCUGCAUCAGGAUAAUCAGGAAUACCUGCGAGAGCAUCGAUGGCCUCCAGUGUGGUAUCUCAAGGACUAUGACUACUACCAGCGAUGCAUUAAUGAGAUGAAUAAGGAAUUGAAAGAUGCACGUGGCGAUUCGCCAAGUGACGACGAGGGAUGCUUAUGCUUUACCGGAGUAUUUUCUUGGCUAAUAGGUAAAAAUCGAAGAGGCGAUAAUAAUGGCAAUAACAACGAUGCCGAAGGAAAUCAAAUAUUUAACAGCACUGCAAAUUCAAUUAAUCACAUUGACAUGGAGCAGGAAGUUGAUUUGAAUCUCUGACAUCCAGCCUUGGGGCAGAGAAGAUCACUGCGCUUCAUUGUGAUUCUGCCCGUGCUGAUUUGUUUUAUCUGUACUAUUUUAAGUAUAUUAAUUUUAUUCCAAAUCUACACAUAGCAAAUCAAAUUUUUAUAUAUUGUCCACAAACCAACUAAAUUCGAAACUAAAAAAAUAUAAAAAGAAAAUCUUUUUUUUUUUUGUCUUUUUAAAAUUAAAACAAAAAAACAAAAAAGAAAAUCCGUAAGUUUAUUUUUUCAGCCCUUACAAUUUAUAAUACAAUUACAAAAUAAACUGGUAUAUUUAUAUAUAUAUGAACAAAAUUAAGCUUUCCAAUUAUUAUAUUCGUAAAAAUCUUCUUUCCUAAAACAAAUUCAAAUUUAUUUACAUUUUUACAAUUUUUUUAUUUAAUAAAUAUUAUUUUUUCCUACAUCAUAAAUAAAAAAGCCGUUUUUUAUAAGAAAAAUAAUAAAUUACAAAAAUUAUUAAAAAAUAAUGAAAUGUUUUCUGUUUCAAUCUCAAAACUUUUCCAAACAAUCCUUUUAAGUACCUUAAUUCAGUAAAAAAAACGAUAACAAAAACAAAAUAAAAAGUAUUUAUACAUAUUUAUUUAUAUAUUUAUGUAUACAUAUAUAUAUCCAAGUAUAUUGCACAACUGCAAAUGAGAAUUACUUAGAAAUAUAUACAACAUAUAGUUUGCAAUAAUAAUAACAAUUAUUAUUAUUAUAAUAAUAGAAAAAAAUAAAACAAAAAUUACCAAUGAAAGAAUUUAUUGUAUGACAAUUUUAUUGAUUAAUUCACAUUCAUACUCGUAUAUAUAUGGAUAUGUAUUUAUAUAAAAUAUAUGUUUUGUACAGCUUAAGAAAAAAGUGGUUGUUUAAAAAAAAAUUAUCUGUGAGUAUCUAAAAAAAAACAAAGAACAUAUUUAUAUUCUAUUUGAGACCACUUAACUAAUAAAACAAUUCAUUAUUAUGCCAUCCUAUUACACGGUUAUUAUCUCAUCUGUAAUACGCAGCAGUUCACUGAUCUUUAAAAAGUUAAAUAAUUAGUCAUAUAUAAAAUGUGAUGUAGUCUAUACAUAAAAAGGCAUAUUUAAAUGUAAGACUUUUCUAGUUAACGAAAAAUCAACUGAGUUGUUUUCCCUUUUUCAUUUCAUUUUUAGAAACUUGACCCUCAUUAACACUAUCAAGGGUUUGGGCCAUACUAGAAUUUUGGAAAGAUUAUUUCUUUUCAAUUGAUCAUUGAUAGGAGCCUUAAUACCAGGACUAACUUAUAGUCAUAAAUAUCAUAACUUAAAUUUGUAAAAAAAAAUUUAGAGAUUUCCUUUCAUUAUGUUCUACAGUGGUUAUUCACCUUUGCUGGGUGCCGGGUCAUAGAGACAUUCCAGGUAACUGUAAGGCAGAUGAACUCGCCAAGAACGGUACAGUACAGCCCAUGCUAUUGCGUUUGGAAAGUACUGGCAUACCAAUCGCUACUUGUAAACUGCUGCUAAUGCAAGACGCUGUGAGGAGGGCAGGCACCAGGUGGAACAACAUCACCACGUGUCAAGUCACAAAAUAACAUCUGGCCAACACUGGAUUUAAACCGUUCAAGGUGCUUGCUCUCUCUAAGCAGAUCGCAUAUAAGCUCGAUAAUAGAUGUCAUAACCGGAUACUGUCUAAUAGGAAAGCACGCCACGAGACUAGGCGUAUUCUUAAAUGACUUUUGCAGAAGCUGUAUGGACGAGGAAGAAACGGUUCUUCAUCUUCUCUGCACAUGCCCUGCUCUAGCUCGAAAACCCGAGAAUUACCUUGGAGAUUUCAUCUUUAACUAUCUAAACGAUUUAAAUCAUAUCAGCAUAAUUAGCCUCUCACUUUUCGUAAGAGACUUAAACUGGUUUCAUUGAGCUUAGGAAAAAGCCUGAAGAUUCAUGUGGUAUCACAAUGGGACAUUAAACAGGCCUAAAUGUGUCCGUUUCCAUCUUGAACAGCCACAUCCACUCAAUGCCCACUGAGUCCAUAUUUUGGAAAUAAGAUAAGGAUAUAAAAACCGCACUGGUAUAGCAAGAAAAUUGUUUUUGAUCAAGACGGUGAUCAAGUAUUUUGGUCAAUAUUAUUCGGAAUAGUUUAUAAAAGAAAACCCUGUUUGUUUCAAGAAACAAUUGGGUCUACCUCAUACUUUUGAUACGUAUGUUAUUCUGGUGCAAACAAAAGUGGCUGAAAUCUUUAGCUUCUAGUUAAAGUUGGUAAUUUAAAAUUGAUUGGAUUUCAAUAAGAAUAUCAGUGGUUAUGACUCACAAGAAUGCUGAAAAUCCCUAAUUUCAAUACUCUCCAUAACUUGGGCUUCACACAGGUCAACCUGACAAAAAUAAAGUUUACUUUACACAUCGUUCCCAAUAAAAUACAAAUUCGGAACAAAAAAUGGUCCUUGCUAAAUUGUACCUACAUAAGUGAACUCUUGGAAGUUUCAUAAAUCCGCCAGCAGAUUCCGAAGAUGACUUGCUAUCGUUCCACAGAGCUUUAGCCCGAUAGUACCUUAGAAAAUAUGCAAUUCUCGUACCUUCGAAUUCAAAGCGCUUUUCUGAAUAGCCUCUUAUAGAGGCUACAAAGUAUGCCAGACAAGUUAUCUUUGUCGAAAACAAUAUUAACAACUAUACUUACCCAUUGUACCUGCUUGGGUUCAGCUUGAAAAACAUACAUGAUCCUUUUUUUGUUUAAAUUAUGUGUUGAAAAAUGUGAAAUUUUAGUUUUGAAUGUCUUUAGAAAUAAAUAUGUUAAAUAGUCCCCUAAGACCUCAAACAAACUGACGUAAACUAUUAUGGCCGGUAAUUUAAGGAAACAUUGUUUGAAUGUAUGUAUUGAAGGUAUUUCAAAAUUAUUCCCUAGUUCUUAAAACUUCAAACGCGUUUAUCUAAAUACUGAAUUUUUUAAGUUGUCCGCACAAUUUUCAACCGAUUAACUUAAAAUUUUGAAUAUUUCUUUGAAAAUACGUUCUACUUUUUAUAUUUUUUAAAGAUCAUUUUUCUUUUUACUUUGAAAGUACGCCAAUUGGCUUAAAAUCAAUAGUUAGGUUUGGACCAUUUAAAACAAAUUCAUUACUCGCCGCCAUUUUGUAGUUAGGAGUCCCGUUUAUGUAUAUUAUAUAUGUUGUCCGGCUGCAAGUACAGCAGCGCUUUAACUCCUCCUGAAGCAUGGGGCAGCAAAAAGAUCCUUCCACCUAUCACGAUUCACCGCAACUGACCUCAACUGUGGCCACGAUUGAAUACCUUGAGACCGAGCCUCCUUCAAAACUGAUAACCUCCAAGUUGUCUUUGGUCUUCCAAUGCGUCUAUUACCCUGGGGAUUCCAUUGGACGGAUUGUUUUGCUACAUUUUCGUCAGGUUUCCUCAGUGUGUGGCCUAUCCAACGCCAUUUCCGUUGCAUGAUGUAUACGUCCAAUUUUGUCUGUCCGGUCCUAUUUCACAGCUCAACGUUAGAUAUGGCUUGCGCCACAGGAUCUUCAGAAUAAAGCGCAGACAACGCUUAACUAAAGCUUGUAGUUUGCUAGAGAUGUUAACAGAGCAUUUCCAUGUUUCAGAACCAUAUAACAGCACUGAUUUGGCGUUGGAUUCGAAGAGUUUCAACUUGGUGCGUAGCGAUAUUUUGUUAGAAUUCCACACAGGAAAAAGGAUUCCAAAUGCACUACGUACUUUGUUUAUUCUACUGUUAACAUCCAGGUCCGUUCCGCCAUCGAGAGCUAUAAAACCUCCAAGAUACUUAAACUGCCCGGACGGAAAGAUUUCCAUUGUGCAACACAAAACACCUUGCGUUGUUGUACGAUUCUUUAAUAACAGCGACAAUUUUCUCAAGGAUUCCUCGCGUAAUAAGCGAUCUCCAGAUGCAAUCACGAUUGACCCUAUCGAACACCUUCUCAAAAUCUACAAAUAUUAGAUACAGCGGUGAUUGGUACUCAGAUGAUUGUUCGAGUAUGAUUCGCAAGGUGUUAUUUAGGGUAGACUCGAUCCUGGACUGAAUCCUCUCGAGAAUAAUAGUUGCCAUUGACUUCGGAAAAACGGAUAGAAAUGUGAUACCGCGCCAAUUAUUACAGUUUUUGAGGUUUCCUUUCUUUGGUAACUUUACAAUAACUCCAUCCUUCCAGUCCCUUGUGUAAGUUUCACUCUCCCAGACAGCCUGCACGAGUUUAAGCAAAAUACGGGAAGCUACCUCGGUGUCUGCUUUAAGGAAUUCUGCGGGAAUACGAUCAAGUCCAGCUGCUUUGUUUUUCUUUAGAAGAUGUAUCUCAUUAAUCUCGACUUAUUUUAUAGUAUUCGUGAAAAGAAUUAAAAAAAAAAACAACAUAUUUUUCGUCCUCUGGUUAGCCUAAUCCCUUAACGACAUUUUUCGCAACUCGCUUCGAAUGACUGGCGAUUUGUUUUAAAUUUUAAAUGUAUUUAGUAACUUUGUUUAACAUUCCGUAGAGGGACUACUACGUCAUCGCAUUAAUUGAUUGCCUUUUAAUUUUUCGUAUAGGCCCUUAUUUUAUUUACUAUACAAAUGUUUUAAACUGCCUGCUUUUUACUAUAAAUAACUUGCAUUUUAAGAAAUUAUAAUAAAUCGAAAAAUACUACGUGAUUAAAUUUAACUCCUUUUUGUAUAGUCACAGAAUUAAAGCCUUAAAGCUUUCUCAUCAUUGCCCUGGGGUCUCUUCGAAAAUUGCAGACUUACCUAUAACUUAUCCCUUUUUUUAGUUUUAAUUUCAAAAUUUAACAACUUGCCAUAAUUUUGUAAUGAAUGCUGCGAUUACAAAUGAGAUUAAUCCUUAAGAAAAAAAAAAUAUUAUCAUUUUCCUCAAAUGACAUUAAACUAAAAAUAAAAAUAAAAAAUUUCACCUGUAACAAACAAAACCAGCCUUAGGGAAUUCGUAGGAAGUUUGUAGUCAGUCUUAUCUAGGCUUAACUAAUCCGCCAUUUUUCGCAGAUAUGUAUAAAUAGUUAUAGUAAAAAAUAAAAUAUUAGAAUUUCGCCAAAACAAAAUAAAAAGUAAAAAAACAAAACCAAAUACAAAUACAAAUGAAAAAAUUACUAAACUAAAAAAUAAACAUAAAUAAAAAGAAUUAAUGUUAUUGUUACCAGUAUUAUUUUAUUUGUUAUUAUAUUUGUUUUAAAUGUGCAAUAAUACAUUAUUAUAUAGUUUAAUUAUUCUAUUAUAUGUUAUUUUCUUAUUAUGGCAAAAUAAUGCAAUUAUAAUAAUUCAAAAAUAGACAAAAUGAAAAUGAAAAACAAAAACACAAAAUGCUUACUAAAUAAAUUAAAUCAAGCAAUAUUAUAAUGGGACAUACACAAUUAUAAAAUCUUGUUAAACUAAACAAUAACAACAAAAAAAACCGUUAGAAAUAUUAACAUUCCGGUGAAUAUAUGUAUGUUUGAAUUUUAUACAUCACAAUACUCAAAAUUUGUUUAUUUUUAAAAAUUGCAACAACAAAUAUAAACAAAAACAAACAUUAAAAAUUAUAAUUUUGUUAUGUUUCAAUUUUGUUGUGUUGUAUUGUGUUGUGUUUUUGCUUAAUAAAACAAUUUUGCUAUAAAAAACAAUGCCAAACAACAAGUAUAAAUUAUAAAAUUACUAUAUUGUUUUACUUGUCAACAACAACUUUUAUAUAUAUAGAUAAAUUAAUUUAAAAACAAAUAUUGUCCAUUUGCAUAUACACAAGAAUAUACAAAUUCAUAAAAACAAAAAUGUAAAAUUCUUAUAAGAAGAUGAAAAAUACAUUUUAGCUGCCAGUUUUUAUUAUUUAAUAAAUUAACAAAAAAAAAAACAAAAAGUUAAAAUUGAAAGAAAACAUAUUUUUAAAAAAUUUAAACCAAUUGCCGAACAUGCUUCUCUAUUAAAUUCAUAUAAAUAAUCUAGGAAUGUAAUUUGUAAAAACAAAAAUGACGAUGUUUUGAUUUAAAAAUAAAAAUAAAUGUGAUUUUAAGUGUUGUUAAAUAUAAUUUAUAAAUGUUUGUAUUA